AUGAAAGAAUUGCGCGAUUUGGAAUCGAAGUCUUGGGCGAAUCUAUGGAAUGCUAUUCGAUACCAUUUUGAGGCAUUGAUGACAGAGGAAGCUAAGGAAAAGGCUGAUUUGGAGUCGAACAUCAAGAACGCCGCGAAGAAGUUCGCGAAGGAGGAGAAACCAAGCAAAGGAGCGAAGAGAACAGCAGCAUUUGCGGCGGCGGCGGCGACGAGGGAGAAGAAACCGAAGGAGCCAAAGCCGCCUAAAGAACCUAAGAAACCGAAGGUUGAAGGCGAUGACAUUAAGAAAUUCCUCAAGCCCAAGCGUACAGAGAAGCAUGCUGAAGAGAUGACAAACGGAAAUGCUGCUGGUGAUGCUGGAAGUGACAUUGUGAUGCUAGACGACGAUAACGAAGCUUCGUCACCUGUGAAGUCCGAACCGGUCAAAAAGUCUGCUCCGAAGAAGAUUAAGAUUGUUGACAGUGACGAGAGUGUCAGCGACUCCCCCAGCGAAGAACAGGCAAGUCCCGUUAAGAAACCACCAGCGAAGAAGAAGAAUCUUGCUGCUGGUGAUAUUAGCGAUACUGAGACGACAUCGAAGAGAGCAAAAAGGUUAGCCACUUAUUCAUUAUUCUAUAUCGAACGACAACUUAUUAUUAUCAAGACGACUUCUGAUGACUAUGAUGUCUUUGAAAUUCCCGAUGACGAUGACGAAAAGCCAGCUGCAAAAAAGAAGGCUCCAGCAAAGAAGACGGCUGCACCACCUAAAAAGGAGAGAGCACCAGCAAAGGCAAAGAAAGAAAAUGGUACGACUGACUCUCCCAAGAUGACAGACUUCUUUGGGAAAAAGAGCAAAGCAAGAGAGGUGAAUGCUCAGGAGUCAGAUGAGGAAGUGGAAUAG